CCGGCCACAGGAUGCGCAGAACAACUGGAUAAGCAUGGCUGCAUCGUCUUACCCGUUUUCUUUUGCCUUCUUCUCCACCAUCUCUGCAAAUCCAAAAAGCCCAACCCAAAUUUAUCAAUUCUCCAUUGAUUUCUCUAAAUUUUCCUCUAAAUUUCACCCCAACAACCAGAAUAGACUUCUAACUCGCCUCCAUGUCUCUUCCCCAACAAACAAUCCAACGGCUAGGAUUACCCCUGAAAAACCCACUGAAGAGCGCGUUUUCUUUGAUGGGGGAGCCCAUUAUGGCGACCUUUUGUCAAAUCUCUUGUUGGGUUUUACUCUUCUGUGGAUGCCUCUAACCAUAGCGGCCGUUUUCAGGGCAUUUUUCUUGAGAUACAGGUUCACCAAUUUGCGGGUCACUGUGAUAUCAGGGCUUACUGGUAACGAUAGAAGUGAUUUCUCUUAUAAAGUGGUUAAGGAUGUUCAGGUGGUGCCUCGUUUUGUAGGGGAAUGGGGUGAUAUUGUCAUAACUUUGAAUGAUGGGACUAAAGUUGAUCUGAGGAGUGUGCCCAAGUUUAGAGAAGUUGCUGAUUACUGUUUGUUCAUGGCUGAUAAGGCGCAAAAUUUGCCAGAAAAGGCGCGUGUCCCGAAAGGUUUUUAGGAUUCACUGAGGUGAAUUGUGAUCUGAGAAAGGUGAAAUUUGGUGGGUUUUGAUGAAAAUGUGUGACUGGGACUGUAAAUUUUUGUUUUCUAUCAAUUAAAAUUUUUUAUUGAAUUCUGAGCUGUGUUAAUAUUCUUUAGACAUUUGUGGCUGUGUAGAAUUAUAACUGUGAGAGCUAAAUUGCAGAAAUGAAAUUGAUUUGAUUGGAAUUUGGAAUA